AUGUCAACCGAGAUCACCUUCGAUGUCAACGGGCUCUAUAUUCUUCUGUCUGAUCGUGGCGAAAACAGUUACACAUUCCACUGGGGCCUCUACCUACAUCAGGGUGAGAAUUCGGGCUACAUCUAUCAUCUGCUAAAUGAGACCGAUUCGACUAGCUGGCGCUUCGACCCGCGACCCAGUCAGGACGUCAUCGACUCUCAGAGACUGCUUGUGGCCCUCAAGAUAGGAGCUUUAGAGCCUACACUUCAUCAGGCUUUGCUUGAUCGUCUUUGGCAAAUCCCGAUCGCGUAUUCAACUCGAUUCCACGAAAGCAUCACCUGCCGGGUGUGGCUCAAAGAGGCGCUCUUUGCAUUAGAUGACGAAGGCUAUAUCAAGCUCACCAAGAGCGUGGAUGACAUCGAAGCCGAGGCAAAGAACUUCGCAAUGCGAAACAAGAGUCGGGGCACGAAGACCGUUGCUCGAAGUACCGGAAGCCAAGCUUGA